AUGUACCAAGGUUAUCCGAACGGAGCGAUGUCGCAACAGCAAUAUUUCAUGCAUAUGCAAAAGAUGCAACAGUCACGAUUCGCAAGUGGCAUGGAUCCGUCGAAUCCGGCAUUUAUGGGCGGCCAACGAAUGAUGGGAAUGAGAGGAGGUCCCAUGGCCCCCGGCUCAAUGAUGGAGCCUAUGGCACCGACCGGUCCCUAUCCAGCAUAUUCACAAGGCAUGCAACCGUUUGCACCACAACAGCAGUACGUAGGACAAUUCACAAUGAACUAA